AUGGCUAGUGGAGAUUACACUAUGAAUAAGGGAGACGCAAAUGGCAGGGCAACACAAAAAACAACCCAAGAUGUGACGCCGGACAGGGCGAAGUGGGGCCGACCUCUGGAGUUCAUUCUCGCUUGCCUGGGCUACGCCGUUGGCCUCGGAAACGUUUGGAGAUUCCCAUAUUUGUCGUACAAAAACGGCGGAGGUGCUUUCCUUCUUCCAUUUUUCUUGAUGUUGAUUUUCAUCGGUCUGCCAAUCUUCUACUUGGAGCUGUACAUAGGGCAGUACACGGGGUUGGGUCCUCUAAAGGCAUUCAGUGCGAUCUCUCCAUUCUUCAGUGGGCUCGGCUACUGCACUUUGGUCGUAAUCAGCAUCAUUUCAAUUUACUAUAUGAUCAUUGUGGCCUGGACGUUGUUCUACACGAUUGUUUCUAUUGGAGGAAACUUGGGCUGGGGAUCUUGUGAUAAUGACUACAAUACUGAUUUUUGUUACAGCGGAGAAUACGAUAGGGUAUGUCGCGAGAACAACACAGGGAACUACACGGACCUGACAUUUUUUAUGAGGCAGUGCAUGAGCAUCGGUGAAAUUUGUGAGAGGUCUGGGUUUGGGCCUCUUGAUGACAAAUAUUGCUUAGAUGGAAUCGAUCAAGUGCCUUGGUAUUCUAAUAUCACAAGAGUAUUGGCUUCAGAGGAAUAUUAUAACGAGCGUGUGUUGGGUCGCGGCGAUGCGUCCUGGACUAACUGGGGCACUAUACAGUGGCACCUCGUGGGAUGCCUAUUUCUCUCCUGGGUCAUCGCAUUUUUGUGCGUCAUAAAAGGUGUCCAGUCAGCAGGAAAAGUUGUCUACUUUACCGCACUGUUCCCCUACGUAAUGUUGACGGCUCUGCUCAUUCGGGGAGUGACUUUAGAAGGAGCUGUGGACGGAGUCCUAUUUUACUUGACGCCGACUUGGUCAACCUUGCUGGAAGCCAAGGUCUGGGGUGACGCCGCAUCACAAAUAUUCUACUCCUUUGGUGUGGCCUGUGGCUCCCUUGUCACUCUGGCUUCUUACAACAACUUCUAUAACAACUGCCACUUCGAUGCCGUCUUCGUCGCAUUUGCCAACUUCUUGACUUCCAUUUAUGCUGGUUUUGCCAUCUUCUCCGUUCUUGGAUUUCAAGCUCAGCUCAUGGGAGUCAGUGUUGAUGACGUAGCAGAACAGGGUCCUGGCCUGGCAUUCGUGGCAUAUCCAGAAGCUAUACUGCAGAUGCCAGUACCUCAGCUGUGGUCCAUAUUAUUCUUCUUCAUGCUGUUCAUUUUGGGUCUUGGCAGUCAGUUCGCUGGUAUUGAAGCGAUCAACACUGCUAUAGUAGACCAGUGGCCGCAUCUUAGGAAGAACUACUGGAGGGUAACAGCGUUUACGUGUAUGAUGUGCUUCAUAUUGGGGAUCCCGAUGUGCUUCAGUGGAGGCGUCUACUUGUUGACUCUCCUCGAUUGGAACACGGCCUCUUGGGCUAUCCUUCUCAUCGGUAUGGCCGAGUGUGUGGCAGUAUCUUGGAGUUACGGCAUCAAUCGAGCAAUUAAAGAUUUGGCCACGAUGGGCAUGACCCUAAAUAAGUUUCUUAGAUUCUACUGGAGGGCCGUUUGGACUGUCAUCGUACCAUUUGGUAGUAUUGGUAUUCUAGCUUUCAUAUUUUCGGACUGGACAGCUCCAGCUUACGAAGACUAUGUUUUCCCGUUAUUCGCUGAUUUGCUGGGCUGGGCGGUUGGGCUGUCCACACUGGUAUUAUUCCCUGUAGGAGUUGCCUGGGCUAUCUACCAUGGAUACAGAGGCAAGCAGUUGUUUACUCCAACUCCAGAGUGGGGACCAGCUGUAAAAGCACCUCCAGUAGAAUCAGCGCAGUUUGGAGGGCCUCACGACAAUGGGGGCUACGUAAUGUGA